AUGCGUAUAGGUUCUGUUGCUUUGCCCCUAGUGGGUGGCCUUGCUACAGUCGCGGCCAACUCGGUCAGUGCUGGUUGCCGUGCACUGACGAACCCCCUUGGAGAUGCGGUUUUCUCUCGUAACACCGAGGUCUACAAAUACGAAUCAAAGAACUUCUGGUCCAACACCGAGAUCUUGUCUCCAGGAUGCGUCUUCCGUCCGCAGUCUACCGAGCAACUCGCUGAAGGAUUGGACGUGCUUGUUCACGCCAAUGCCGACUUUGCUGUGCGUGGUGGCGGCCACAUGGGUAUCAAGGGUGCGAAUAACAUUAAUGGGGGUGUUCUCGUGGUCAUGUCAAAUCUCACCACCCUGCAAUUGAACGACGAUCAGUCCAUCGUCUCGGUCGGCCCCGCAUACAGAUGGCAGGACGUUUAUGCUUUCCUCGCCAAACACGACCUAACAGCUGCAGGUGGUCGUCUCGGCCCUGUCGGUGUUCCUGGCUUGCUUCUCGCCGGAGGUGUCAACUUCUACGGCAAUCAGGUGGGCUUUGGAUGUGACACUGUCGUGAACUACGAGGUCGUUCUGGCCGAUGGUUCCGUCGUGCAAGCAAACAAGUCAAGCAACGCCGAUCUCUUCUGGGCCUUGAAGGGCGGUAGCAGCAACUUCGGUCUGGUCACCCGCUUCGACGUCGAGACGAUCAAGUCACGGAAGGUCUGGGCUGGUGCUCACACUGUUGCAGCUCAAUAUGUUGAUCGCUUCCUGGCUGCCGCCGCGACGUACGCUUCCGACAUCUCCGACCCCAAGACUCACAUUGUCCCUGCUCUCGUACCUGGUGACUCGACCCUAGCCUCAGUAAUUCUCUUUUAUGACAGUGAAACCGAAAGCUACCCAGAGAUUUUCAAGCCCUUCACCGAUAUUCCUUCCGUGAGCAGCACGGUCGGGUUCAAGACUGUUGCUGAGUUUGCAGCCGAGACUGGAGAGAUGGUUGUGGAAGGUAUCAAUGAUGUCUUUGUUGCUGGAUCAGUCACGGGUGCCUCCUAUGAGGAACUUCACCAGGGCAUCAGCAUUAUCAACACCACUUUCUUCAACCAGCUUCCUAAGCUGUACAAGCAGAUUCCCACCUCCAAUAUCUCCACCAUUCAGCUGGAUUGGCAGCCCAUUGGUGCCGACUGGAUGAAGGCAUCCGAGGCUCGUGGUGGCAAUGCCCUCGGCCUGGAUUCCUCAAAGACCUACCUCUGCUACGCCGAGGUUGUCGAGUGGAUUGGAUCGGCAUACGACGAUAUUGUUGCUGAGUGGGUGGAGGAAACCACCUAUGCGAUCAACAAUGCCACCCAGAAGGCUGGUCUCUAUGACCCCUUCAACUAUAUGGGUGACGCUGCUGGAUUCCAGUCGAUCUUCCCUGGAUAUGGUGAGAAGAACCACCAGAAGCUGAUCUCGAUCGCGCAAAAGUACGAUCCGCACAGUGUUUUCCAGACGUUGAUGCCUGGAGGAUUCAAGAUUUAUUGA